GCAGUUCUCACCGAGAUCCGUCACGCAGACUCUACGUGAGACAUUCCGGCCCGGACCUCCACCAUGCGUGAAUGCAUCUCAGUCCAUGUCGGACAGGCGGGUGUCCAGAUGGGCAAUGCCUGUUGGGAACUAUACUGCCUGGAACAUGGUAUCCAGCCUGAUGGGCAGAUGCCUAGUGACAAGACCAUCGGGGGAGGAGAUGACUCCUUCACUACCUUCUUUUGUGAAACUGGGGCCGGCAAGCAUGUGCCUCGGGCUGUCUUUGUGGACCUGGAGCCUACAGUGAUCGAUGAGAUCCGAAAUGGCCCCUACCGACAACUCUUCCACCCAGAGCAGCUCAUCACUGGUAAGGAGGAUGCUGCUAACAACUAUGCCCGUGGCCACUACACCAUUGGCAAGGAGAUCAUUGACCCUGUGCUGGAUCGAAUCCGCAAACUGUCUGACCAGUGUACAGGACUCCAAGGCUUUCUGGUGUUCCAUAGCUUUGGGGGUGGCACCGGCUCUGGCUUCACCUCUCUGUUGAUGGAACGGCUCUCAGUUGACUAUGGCAAGAAGUCCAAACUAGAGUUCUCCAUCUAUCCAGCCCCCCAGGUUUCUACAGCUGUGGUAGAGCCCUACAACUCCAUCCUGACUACCCAUACCACCCUUGAGCACUCAGAUUGUGCCUUCAUGGUGGACAAUGAGGCCAUCUAUGACAUCUGCCGCCGAAAUCUGGACAUCGAACGUCCGGGUCCCGCCCGGGAGCCCGAGGUGCCACGAACCCAACCCAGGCACGCGAGCGGCGGCGGCGACGACGACAGUGGCGACGGCGGGCAGCGGUGGAGUGUCGUCAUCGCCCCGCGCCGCGGUAACGGCCCCCGGUAUCCUAGCAACCGCGCGGCGCUGGGAGCGAUGCGCGCCUGGGGCCCCCAGGGCCUGCGUCCGGGCCGGGGGAUGAGGCCCCUCUGCAGGGGCCCGGCUCCUGGCCCGGAGCUCCCCGGCGAAGGUCUAGCCAGGCCCUUGGCCCUCGGAACGGGCGGCUCCCCAUUCCGGAGGUAG